GAAUGCUGUGUCUUUAAGACUGUUGAUUUGCCCUUCUAUCAUUGGAUGGUGUAAAUGGAUGCUCUGCACCAAUAGGAUUCAGAGCUGUACAAAGAAAUCUAGUCCCUGCCCCCAUGCAGGCUCGGCAUUAUAACACGAAUAGACUGCAAAGAGACAGAAGACGGAGCAAUGAGCUCUUGAAUAUAGAAUAUGAAAUCUACACGUUUGAGUUUACAGCCAUGCUCAGCAAUACGUUAAAAUGCUCAACUGGAAUAAAGACUGCGAUGAUCGAGUUCAGGAUUUUUCUACACACCAUUUCGGUUGGAUUGUAUGUGUUGUAGCAGACGAAGGAUGACAACGAGAAUGGGAUACAGAGACUGGAGGUGGCAGGCGCUUUGGUGGCAUAUUUUCUUCCUCUUGUGGAGUAUAAUACACGGACAGACGCGUUAUAGCAUCCCAGAGGAACUGAAGCAGGGCUAUGUGGUAGGAAAUCUGGCCAAAGAUCUUGAUUUAGGACUUUCUGAGAUUUUUGACCGUAAACUGCGUGUCGCCUCUGAGGCUGAUAAGCAGUAUUUCACUGUGGAUGCGGGGAAGGGCGAGCUGGUGGUGAAUGACAGAAUAGACAGAGAGGUUUUAUGUGGACAAAGCGCGAGCUGUGUUUUGCCUCUGCAGGUUGUAAUUGAAGAUCCAUUGCAACUUUUUCGUGUUGAGGUUGAAAUAUUAGACAUCAAUGACAAUUCGCCGAAAUUCCCAUCAAAUGAUGUCACGUUAGAUAUUGCGGAGUCCACAGUUGUAGGGGUUCGAUUCCCUUUAGAAAGCGCCAUAGACCCCGAUGUUGGCAGUAAUUCGUUGAAAUCAUACACGCUCAGUAAAGACGAAUGUUUUAAUAUUCGAAUUAAAGAAGUUGCAGGUGGAAGAAAAGUUCCUGAAUUGGUUUUAGCAAAAAUAUUAGAUCGAGAGAAAAAAGCUGUUCAUAAGCUUUUGUUGACAGCUUUAGAUGGGGGUAACCCACUGAGAUCAGGAACCUCUCAAAUAUCUAUUAAUGUCCUCGAUAUCAACGAUAACGUCCCAGCUUUUGAGAAACCCCUGUAUAAGGUUUCUAUUAACGAGAAUGCUGUAGAGGGUGCAAUGAUAGUACAGACAAAAGCGACGGAUAUGGAUGAUGGUCUAAAUGGAGAAAUAGAAUAUACUUUUGGAGCGCACACAUCAGAAUCUGUUCUCUCUAUCUUUAAUGUUGAUAGUGUAUCAGGGACAAUAUCUCUCCAGGGAAAACUAGACUUCGAAUUAACUCCAAAUUAUGAAAUAGACAUAUGUGCGAAAGACAAAGGAAGUCCGAGAAUGGAGGGACACUGCACUGUCCACGUUGAGGUGUUAGAUGUGAAUGAUAAUGCUCCCGAAAUAAUAGUCACCUCUCACCCAAAGCCAGUGCCCGAAAAUGCACCCGAUGGCACUGUAGUAGCUCUGAUCAGUGCCCGAGAUCUGGACUCUGGCGAUAACGGUAAAGUAACAUUACAGCUCCAAAAGAAAUCUCGAUUUUCACUAAGACCCUCGUUUAACCAAAAUUACGCACUAGUUACUAGUGGUAUUCUAGACCGAGAAAGUGUCUCUGAAUUAAACAUUGAGAUCACAGCCACUGAUUCGGGCUCUCCUCCUCUAUCAAGUCAGACAAUCAUACCUGUCAUUAUCACUGAUGUGAAUGACAACCCUCCUGUAUUCACUCAGUCCUCCUAUAAUGUAUAUUUAAAAGAGAAUGGAGUUCCAGGAUCUAUACUAUACUCAGUAUCAGCCUCUGACCUGGAUUUUGGAGAAAAUGCUAAAAUCUCUUACUCUAUACUGGACUCUAAAGUGCAGGACGUUUCUGUCUCAUCGUAUGUUUACAUUAACUCAGAUAACGGAAGCAUCUACAGCAUGCACUCGUUUGACUAUGAGAAACUCAAGGUGUUUCAGAUUCAGGUUCUGGCAAAGGAUCAGGGCUCUCCGUCUCUCAGCAGCAACGCUACUGUCCAUGUUUUUAUCCUGGACCAGAACGACAACGCACCCGCUGUUAUUUACCCCUCCUCCGCUGCAAUGGGCUCCCUCUCUCAUCAGAGGAUGCCCCGUCCCGCUAAAGCGGGUCACCUGGUUACCAAGGUGACAGCUGUGGACGCUGACUCGGGCCAUAACGCCUGGAUCUCCUACAAACUGACGGAGGCCACAGACGCGUCUCUGUUCACUGUCAACCUGUACACAGGGGAGGUGAGGACUAAACGCGCUGUGUCCGAGCAGGACGACUCCUCUCAGAGGCUGCUUAUAGAGAUCAGAGACGACGGGGAACCGGCCCAGUCCUCCACCGUCACGGUGUCCAUCCUGCUGGAGGACGGUCUCCAUGAGCCCAUCUUAGACCUGCGACAGAAGGUAGCAGAGCCCAGCAAGAAAAACGGGAGAAUCGCCCUUUAUCUGAUUCUCUCUCUGGCCUCGGUGUCCGUGCUGUCUCUGUUGACUUUUCUCAUCUUAGCGGUUAAAUGCAUCAGGAACAGCAGAAGCAGCGGUAGUUGCUGCAUGAGACGGAGCGACUGUGAUGAUUACAAGAACCCCAACAGAAACCUGCAGAUUCAGCUCAACGCUGAUGGACCCAUAAAGUACGUGGAGGUGCUGGGAGGAGACAUGUUGUCUCAGAGUCACUCCUUCAGGUCCUGUAUGUCUCCAAUGUCAGAGUACAGUGAUUUCACUUUGAUUAAGCCCAGCAGCACCACUGACUUUAAGGAGGUGAUCAGUGUCCUGGAUGCAUCUUUACCUGACAGCACCUGGACCUUUGAGAGCCAGCAGGUAGGCAAAUGAGAUGAAUUCCAAUAC